AUGGAGGAAGGGGUGGGAAUCCACGACUGGGAGCUACUUCAUGGCUCAGGCGCUGCACCUCUCACCUCCGGUGCAGCACCCGCCGCGGAAGUCGAUGAUUUCCUUGGGAUCGAAGGUGAAUCAAACGGGGUGAUCAAGUCGGACUAUUUCUCUCUGGACUCCGAGAGCCGCUACGGCCUGCAGGUGAUCUCCGACGGCGAUGGCGAGGGAGACAGCCUCCCCGACUCGGAUAACCCUAGCUGGGUGGACCCCGAGUCGGAUUCUAGGUUUAUAGGGGAGCCGUCGGCGGUGGCGGCGUCUGGCUUCCCGCGUGCGGACGCCGGCGGAUUCUGGACCUCCGACGAGUCUUCCGACGAGCAGGAGGAGACUGCGCCAGAGGGGGAUCUCUUCGACGGCGCCAGUUCGCAGUCGGGAUUGGCUCUCGAAGCUGUCAAUUUCGAGAUCGGAGAGGCGGAGGAGGUUUGGGAUUUCGAGGGAAUUGUGGAUGGGAGCGACGAGUCCGGUGAUCUGAACUCUGAAGAUAGCCCUACUGGGGAAGAAGAUAACCCUAGAAGCGGCGAUUUGGGGGAUUUCUCCGCUGGGGAGCGGGAAAAGUCGGAGAUGCCCUGGUGGAAGCUGCCUGUGGAGCUUUUGAAGUUCUGCGUGUUUAGGAUCAGACCUGUCUGGUCCGUCUCCAUCGCGGCGGCACUGGUAAGUCUCGUCCUGCUGAGGAGGAGGUUGUACAAGAAGAAGCCCAAGAUCAAGAGCGUCCCCAUUAAUCUCAGCGCCGACGACAAGGUAAGAAUUCCUUCUGCAGAUCGGGCGAAUCCACCAUGCUUGUGCAUCAAAAGAAAAAAACUUCCAAUAACUGAGUAACCUAAUUGACUUCCAACAUGCCGUAGAAAUGUCCCAGAGAGAAAAAUAAACUAAAACCAUUUAUUAUUCUGGAAAAAAACUACUAGGAUUUCAUGUUUCCAAUUGACUAAUCUUAAAACCAUCUAUGUCAAUUUCUGUUUUCGUAGAUUUCUUCUUUCCCUUACACUUUAUCGUGAUCGAGGUUCAUAAUAUAGAAAAUUUUCAGACUCAUCUUCUCCAUUUUUUUUCCCCAUUGUCCAUAAAUCUUCAUUAAUUCCACCAUCGUCAUCAAGUCCCCCUCACGUAUGGUUUUUCAUCGAAAGGAACCUGAGACCGUGGUUAAAAACGAGCCCGCUCAUGGUCUAGAUGCUCGCGGUUCUUACAGCUUCUGGUUCAUCAAACCCUAACCCCAGACCUCAUCUGCUUGCAGAAGGCGUCUCAGUUCAUGGUGCGGGCAUCGCGGCUCAAUGAAGCGUUCUCGGUGGUGAAGCGGGUACCCAUGAUUCGGUCCACUCUGCCAACCAUGGGAGUGACUCCAUGGCCUGUCAUGGCCUUGAGAUGA